AUAUCCCACAAUAUGCUGACGAGUGUGGAAUCAAUUCCUCUUCAGUUUGUAAAUACUAUUGAUUUGCGGUCCAAUUUGCUUCAAGGUUCACUACCUAUUCCACCAAAUUCCACAGAAUACUUCUUCAUAUCCCAAAAUAAUCUCACUGAAGAAAUUCCUUCAUCUAUUUGCAAUUUGACAUCACUGGUAAUGCUAGAUUUGGCGAGAAACAAUUUGAAAGGAGCAAUUCCGCAAUGUUUGGGUAGUAUUACGGCCCUCCAGGUUUUGGAUAUGCGCCUCAACAAUCUUUCUGGGAAUAUUCCAACAACUUUCAUCAAUGAAAGUUCACUGAGCAGCCUCAAUUUGCAUGGCAAUAAACUAGAGGGGAAAAUCCCACAAUCCUUGACCAAUUGCAAACAACUUGAAGUUCUUGAUUUAGGAGACAAUCACCUCAACGACACAUUCCCCGUGUGGUUGGGGACUCUGCCAAAGCUGAAAGUUCUAAGCUUGCGAUUCAACAAAUUGCAUGGUCCCAUCAGAACAUCAAGGAUUGAGAACAUGUUUCCAGAGCUCCGAAUCAUAGAUCUCUCUUACAAUGCCUUCUCAGGAAACUUACCUUCGAGUUUGUUUCAACAUCUGAAAGCCAUGACGACAAUUAAUCCAUCAAUGGGAACAUCAAGAUUUGGUGGAGAUCGUUAUUACCAAGACUCAAUAGCUGUUGUAUCCAAGGGAUUUGAGCGUGAAAUUGUGAGAAUCUUGUUUCUGUACACCACUAUCGAUCUUUCAAACAACACAUUCGAAGGACAUAUUCCAACUAUUAUGGGAGAUCUCAUUGCACUCCGUGUGCUGAAUAUAUCUCAUAAUAGAUUGGAAGGUCAUAUACCGCCAUCACUUGGAAGAUUAUCUUUGGUUGAAUCAUUGGACCUGUCAAGUAACCAUCUUGUAGGAGAGAUACCAGCACAAUUUGCUUCUCUUACUUAUCUUGCAGUCUUAAAUCUUUCCUACAAUCAUCUCGAAGGGUGCAUUCCUCAAGGAAAUCAAUUUCAGACCUUUGAAAACAAUUCAUAUGAAGGCAAUGAGGGAUUACGUGGUUUCCCUGUUUCAAAAAGUUGUGGGACAACUUAUGCCGUAUCUGGACAGCUAGACGGUGAAGAAAGCAAUUCUGAAUUUCUGAGUGAUUUUUGGAAAGCAGCUCUUAUGGGCUAUGGAAGUGGACUAUGUAUUGGAAUAUCCAUAGUAUAUUUCAUGAUGUCAACUGGAAAACCGAUAUGGUUUGCAAGAAUCAUUGUAAAGCUGGAGCACAAAAUAAUGAUGGGAAGGAGAAAGAAGCAACGAAGGCAAAGGAACUGCAGAAGAAGAAAUAAUCACUAGUAAUGUUACUGUUAUUUCUUUAAGGAAAAGAUAUAAUAAGUUGUAGACGUACUAUUGUUAAAUCCUGUUUGCUUAAAGUGUGUAGCAUCAUUCGACCAUGAAAA